AUGUCAGCAUCAUCUGCCACAAAGAAAGGUGAGAUGUUAACUCAGGAUGUGCUAACCCAGCUAGAUGAAGCUGUGCGUAAUGCACCAUGUGUAGGCUUAGCUGUGGAUGAGUCCACUGACAUUUGUGACAAUGCUCAGCUGUUAGUGUAUGUCAGGUUUUUCAACAAAGACCAGAGAGCAUUCUGUGAAGAUAUGUUAGGUGUCACUCCCCUUCAGACCAGUACAAGAGGAGAAGACAUCUACCUGGCCAUUAAGGAGAUGUUACAUAAGAGAGGAAUAGAGCCAAAACAAUUGAUUUCAAUAACCACAGAUGGAGCCCCUGCUAUGAUAGGGAGAGAGAAAGGAGCUGUAGCAAGACUGAAAGAGGACAAUCCUGAGCUAAUAGCUUACCAUUGCAUUAUUCAUCAAUCUGUCCUCUGCGCCUCGCUGUCAGAUGAGCAUGCUGAGGUGAUGAAUACAAUUAUGAAAAUGAUUAAUUUUCUGAGGGCAUCCUCUUCCUACCAGCAUCGCAUGCUUAGGGAAUUCCUCAGAGAAGUUGAUGCCAAUUCUGAUGAUCUUUUGCUGCACAACAAUGUGAGAUGGCUCAGCAAAGGCAGGGUGUUAGCACGCUUUUGGUCCAUCAGGAGGGAAGUAGCAUCUUUUUUGGCAGAGCUUAAAAGUCAGAAGGCAACGCAGUUUUCUCUCUUUUUAGAAAAUGAGAAACAGAUGGAUAAUGUGGCCUUUUUGGUUGAUAUCACUUCACAUCUGAAUGAACUGAAUUUGAGGCUACAGGGCAAGGACGAUUCAAUUUGUGAACUGAUGACAGCUGUCCGCUCCUUUCAGAGGAAACUUGAGGUGUUCAAGGAAGACAUGCAGGGAGACCGUGCACACUUCCCAGCAGUGCAGGAACAGGUUCAGGGACAGAGAGAUGUGUCUUCUUUUGUUGACUUUAUUGAUAAGCUGAUUGUUAACUUCAGCAACCGUUUUGACAGCUUCAGGUUUGGACAGCAGCUCACCAUGUUCAUUCAGAACCCAUUUCUCAUCACAGAUGUCAGGGGGUUCUCAAAGGAAGUCAUACAGCACUUUAAAUGGGCAAAUGCUGGACCUCUCCAGAUGCAACUGGUUGAUCUCCAAGCAUAUGUGGCCCUGAAAGAGCAGUUGGUAAAAACUGACCCCUUCACUUUCUGGCUCCAAAUGGUCCCCGAGACAGCUUUUCCAGGUCUGAGGAAAGUUGCCCUAUACAUCUUGACCAUGUUUGGCUCCACAUACAACUGCUAG